GCGGCAAACAUAACAGCGAAUGUAAAGCUUGGCUGGGAAUCAAAAUGGACGACAGGACGAAAUGAGAUUUUGUUUUCGAGAAUGGAGAUUUAUUAGUUUGUUUCAGUGGAGCUGACAAUGACAUGAACUGCUUUAGUCAAUCUUGGACAAUCUAAAACGUUUUUAUAAGUAUUUGAACCCACGAGGGAGAAUUCAUCUGGCCUCUUGACCACUGGCCCCGUAGACCAAGCCAGUACAAGAAAAUGGAUGGGGCAGAGUCUGUUCGGUCCGGUCGCAGUGACCGUUCAGAGCGGUCAAGACACAGUCAUAGCAGCAGGCAUCACCAUCGGCACCACGUGGGCAGACACAGCAGUCGGGGCUCUGAGCGGAGCGGCAUGAACAGGGACCGUGACCGAGACGACCGUUCUGUGACUAUAAAGAUGCCUGGUAAUAUGUCGGAGGGUGAGGACCGACCACCUGGAGAAGAGAGGAUAGAGGUCCAAAUACUCCCACAAGACGAUAACUGGGGGGAUAACACAACGGCCUACACAGGUAACACAAGUGAGACUGGGUUCUCCAUGGAGGAUAUCCGCAAGUUUAACACCAAGGAGAGUUUCGAAAGCAGCAUUGGGAUAGGCUGUGCCCGAUACGUUGGCACAGCACUGGCAGGUGUCCUCAGCAUUGCGGGUUUCCUGUCGCCCAUAGCAAUGAUAAUCAUACCCAAACUUCAGAUCAACGGUUGGCAAACGCUGCCCUGUGAACCGGAAUGUGAGGGACUCUUGAUCAGUUGUGCGUUUAAACUGCUGAUUUUGAUGCUGGGAACAGUGGCCUUAUUUUUCCGCCAGCCCAAGGCGACCAUGCCACGGGUGUUCGUCUUUCGUGCUGUUGUUUUAUUUCUUGUAUUUGUCUUAACAUUUGCAUUCUGGUUGUUUUAUGGCGUCCGGAUCUUUAAGGAGCAGAUGCCAGACUAUUAUAAGAUUGUACAGUUUUCUGUGUCACUAGUAGACGCACUGCUUUUCAUCCAUUAUAUUGCUGUCAUCUUGCUGGAAAUUCGACAGCUGCAGCCCCAAUUUGUCAUCAAGGUUACAAGGUCACCGGACGGGGAGAACCGCACCUACAACAUCGGCUGUUUGAGCAUCCAGAGGGCUGCAGCCUGGGUACUGGAACAGUACUAUCGUGAUUUCCCUGUCUACAACCCGUAUUUGGAGUUGGUUGCCAAGCGACCUUCCAAGAUGUCGGGACUCAAGUUCUAUGAGGUUGAUGGAAAUUCGUCGAAUACUCAGGGAAAAUCGAGAGCUAUCUUUGCUGCAGCGGCUCGCCGACGAGAUGCCAGCCACAAUGACCGCUUCUAUGAGGAUGUGGAGUAUGACCGUCGAGUGCGCAAGCGUCGCGCUCGUCUCAUUGUGGCUGCAGAGGAGGCUUUUACUCACAUCAAACGCAUGCAAGAUGACCAAGGUGCUCCAGUACCGAUGGAUCCUAAAGAGGCUGCUCACGCUGUAUUUCCGUCCAUGGCCCGGGCGUUACAGAAAUACCUGCGAAUCACUCGACAGCAGCCUCGCUACACGAUGGAUGCAGUGCUGGACCACUUGGCAGUGUGUGUGGGCCACGACAUCAGUCCCCGGGCGUUUAUUGAGCGGUACCUGACACAGGGCUCGGUCAUUAUGGACGAUCACAACUAUCGCCCCAUACAGAAGUGGGUUCUGGUUUGUGACCAGCUGCUCACAAGAGAAAUGGAACACAACACGGUAUUUCAGCUGCGACAGAACGAUGUGUCGCUGCUCGUCAUAGUGAAACGUAUUCCACAUUUUAAUCUCACGGAAGAAGUCAUUGAUCCCAAAAAUAAUAAGUUUGUAUUGAGACUCAAUUCAGAGACCUCUGUGUAAUAUAACAAAGCUUGGCGUUAGAACUGAACUACCGUGCCCCUGUGUUAUACAGAACAGCUUAGCUAUAAUCUUGGUUUGGUUCCCGGAAAUGUUCAAUUACUGAUAACUCCAUAAGGAUAUUUCCAUUUUGGGAACUAGGAUCUGUGAUCUUUCGUUGGGAGACCAUGAUAUUGGAAACCUGUAUUUUGGGAAUCCAAAUAUCAGAAAUCUCUGGUACAGGAAUCGCCAUAUUGGAAAGAUCAUUUUGGAA